CUCACAUGUUUUUUAUGGAAUACUCACGCUGAAAAGUUCACUCUCUUAGAAGACAUAUUUUAAUUAACUAAUCCGUUUCUACUAAAAACAUAACCUCAAGGAGUUUUAUUUCUUAUUGCCAAAUGUAUCUAUUUGUUUAUCUAAGGUAUUUUAUACUAUCACGUUACGGAGAGCUUUCAACACAACUAUUCUACGUUGCGUAGCUGUCGCCUGAUUACUCGAUAAUGGUAGACAUAAUGCAGCGUAGCUCGACCAGCAGAGAAUUGCUGGAUAGACUGGAAGAUCAUGCAGACUGGCUUAUACGAAAAAGUCGACGCUAUUUGCCUCAUAUAGCUAGAUUCUGUCUUGUAUCUACGUUUAUUGAAGAUGGUUUUCGACUUUUAACUCAAUGGUCUGACCAAGUGGACUAUAUUCAAGGUGUCUGGGGAACCCAUGUCAUAUUUGCAGCUUUUUUCAUUUUAUUGAACAUAUGCUUACAGUUUACUGGAAGUGCUCUUGUUUUGGGUCGUUAUCGUGUGAAAAUUGGCGUUGGAAUUCUUAUGUCAACUGUAUUAAUACAAACUAUUGGUUAUAAUAUUUGGACAAAAGUAUUUUUUAUGCGUAAUCUAUCACUUAUUGGUAGUUUAUUAUUAUUAUUAGCUGAAGUACAACAAGAAACACGUAGUUUAUUAGCUGGUCUACCAUCUUCUGGUGAAAAUGCACAUCGACAAUAUAUUCUACUUGGUGGUAGAAUACUUAUUAUCCUAAUGUUUGUAACAUUAAUACAUUUAGGAAGUAGUAUAUUUUAUGUUAUACAAUCAAUUGGCAACCUAAUCUUAAUUCUAUUAGUAGCAAUUGGUUAUAAAACAAAAUUGUGUGCAACUGUUUUAGUUAUUUGGUUAACUGGUAUGAAUUUCUAUUAUAAUCGUUUUUGGGCUGUUAGUAAUGAUAGUUUAAUGUGGGAUUUCUUAAAAUAUGAUUUCUUUCAAACAUGGUCAGUUAUUGGUGGUUUAGGUUUAGUUGUUGCUUAUGGUCCGGGUGGAGUGAGUGUAGAUGAUUAUAAAAAGAAAUGGUAAUACUACUACUACUACUACUACUAGUAUUAGUAGUAUAUGUUGACUAUUCCUGAUGAUUAUGAUCUAUCCAUCUCUUCAUGAAGUGUAAUAGUGUAUGUCAUGAAUAGUACUACUACUACUACUACUGCCACUAUUACUACUAAUACUAUCUGAUAACAAUGUACUUGUUUGAUUCAUAUUGCUUCUUUUUCAUCUUGUAAACUUAUCAAUUACCUUCGUUUUUUGUUGUUGUUGUUGUUGUGUCAUCUUGAUCAACAACAUGAAUAGAAUUAUUUUUCAAAUAUUGAAACUAUUCUAUGUAUUCUUUUUGUUUCAAAUUUCGAUAGUUUAUUCAUUGUUUAUCUCUGUUUACCCUUCCCCCCCCGCCGCCCCUUCUUUGUUUGUGUUGAUUACAUUUGUUUUUCUUCUUCUUUUUUUUCUUACAUUGCACAAUCUUCUCCCCCCUCCCAAUUUGUGUAUGUACAGUCUAGGUGUGUAUGUGUAGGUGUAUGUACAUGUGACCAAUGAAUUACUUUCAUCAUGUUUCAUUACAUUCUCUUUUUUUAUUUAUUUAUAAUUUUUAUUUGGAUAGAAAUCUUUCAAUUUUCAUUUUAAUUAAUUUAAGUAAUAUACAUGGUAUAUAUUAUCUAUGUGUGUUUGUGUGUUGUAAUUUUGCGUGUUCCCCCUCCCUCUACCGCCUAGCUUUUUUAUUACUCUUUGUUUUCUUUUCUUUUCUUUCUUUUUUUUUCUUCCUCAUUGUACCAAAUGUUGAACCUAAUUAAAUAAACAAAAAAAGUGAGAAAAAAAACUUUCAUGGUA